AUGUCCACAUCAACAACGUUGCAGGGGAGAAUGGUCGGCCCCCUGGACAAGCGAAGGCGGAUGACGCGCUGCCUCGGCUGCGCCAAACGACGCAUCAAGUGUGAAGGGGGAUUUCCGUGUGUUUAUUGCGUUCGAAAAAACGCGAUAUGCGUUGCCCAGCAGCACUCGGGACAUGGUAUGACAAAGUUUGUCAACAAAAACCAGCAAGACGAUUUUUGUGGACACCACCAAAAGUCUGAGCAGAAGGGGAUGUUCAUUCCAAAUACGGAAACCCUUGGGGCUCACCCACUUAAUUUCAUCGGGAAAGAUGAGGGUACCCGCCGUCUUGAUUAUUUUGCCUCUUUUAUUGAGCACAACAUGUUCACGACGAGCUUCGCAUCAAUAGUUCCGGACUUGCUUCCUCUAAUUUCAACUUCCCCAGUUCUGUAUCAUGCAGUAAUAGCGGUUGGUGCAUUGGAUGCGAACCGACAUACCGGUGGACGCGCAUUACAGGGAGAGAAAUCAGCCUAUGUGGAUUCGAUAACCUCUUACCAUAAGUCAAUGGGUAUCUUGCGGUCAUGUCUGGGAAAUAGAGACGUGAUGCAAAAAGACGACAUCCUCUGGGCUACGUUUUUCCUGGGGUUGUUUGAGUUACUCUCAGACGAAUCCGGCGAAGGUUGGGUUAAGCACAUGCUCUAUGGAACGUCAAAAAUGCUCCAGCUUGCAGGACCAACCGAUUAUAUGUCAUCGGCCCGAAGGAUAUUCUACGACCUGUUUCGUGUCCUAGAAGCCAGCCGAGCAUUAAUCUAUAAUGAAGAAACUAUUCUUUCUCAGGAAUGCUGGCUUGCACUCCAAAAGUCCCUGUCGAGCAGUGCCACUCGAUGGGACCCCAUGGAAGAGAUUAUAACCCUCAUGAUUGAAACAUCCGCCUUCAGCCUACGAGCCGGUGCUAUAAUUGAGAAUAUUCCCGAAGCAGAACGAUUCAGGCAUCCAUCAGUUGCUCUGAUCGCAGCUGAGGGACUCGAUGUCCAAGAAACUAUCUACACCUGGCACAUGAAAACGUUGCUGCAGUUGGUCCAGGAUGGCCCUAAUCAAUAUUCAAACUUAGCUUUGCUAUAUUAUCACGCUCUGCUAAUCUUUCUCUCUGGAAAUUAUGAUUACUUUCCAUACUGGAAUAAGAUCCCGGCCCCGGUGCUAUCCCCUAUUGAAAUUUCGGAACACCUCACCACGAUGCUGUACUUAUCGGGCGAGGUUUUGCACCACUCCAAGAUUCCGGGGGUGAUGCUGCUUUUCCCAGUAACCGUUGCAGGAGCCCGGGCCCGAAGAGUCGAUCAAAAAUCAGAGAUACUGAAUGUGCUCAGCGAGAUCUUUUGCAGAGGGUUCGUGGUCGCAAACAGGAUACGGGAUAAUUUGCUAGAACGGUGGGCCGAAAGGGAUCAGGAGGAGACAAUAUCCCUGGGACUG